CCAUUCAGGUAGCCAACACACAUUUUAGUUCCGGCUUUGUUCCGGUCACGUGAUUGUGUUUUGACGCAGCGGAACCCUGCAGCUCGACACAAGCUGAAUAAUAGCAGCAUCAGGAAACACACUGCUGGAUUAUCAGCCAGAGUGAAUUCGUAUGAUCUCCAGUCAUGGCUAGUCCAGAUGAUUUAAAGUUUCAAGAGUUUGAAGAAGCCGAAGAUCUCCUGUCCUCAAAUCCUGGAGCCUCAACCCUCAGCAUCUCCAGCUCAAACCCAGCAGCAGCAGCAGCCCCAUCUGGAGAGGUCAGACUCGACCUGUCCGACGAUGAAGAGAAUCAGCAGGAGAGUUCAGAGUUGCUUGGAGGGGAAAAGAAAACUGGUGGGUUUUGGACGUUUGAAUACUAUCAGUCGUUCUUCAACGUAGAUACAGUGCAGGUGCUGGAUAGGAUAAAGGGCUCAGUUAUGCCUUUGCCAGGAAGGAAUUUCAUCAAACAUCAUAUACGAAGCAACCCUGAUCUAUAUGGUCCUUUCUGGAUCUGUGUGACUCUAGUGUUCUCACUGGCCAUCAGCGGGAACCUCUCCACAUUUUUGAGUGAGAUGGGAAAUCCAGAGUAUCACUACAGACCUCAAUUUCACAGAGUCUCCAUUGCAGCAGUCACGGUGUUCCUCUAUGCAUGGCUGGUGCCACUAGGAGUUUGGGGCUUCCUCACGUGGCGUCAAAGUGUCGAGAGACAGAUCAACGGAUACACAUUUUUAGAGACAGUCUGUGUCUACGGCUACUCUUUGUUCAUUUACAUUCCUACCUCGGUAUUAUGGACUAUUCCUUUCAACUGGCUCCAGUGGUUGUUGAUUGUGGUUGCAAUGGUGAUCUCUGGUUCGGUGUUGGUGAUCACGUUCUGGCCGGCGGUUCGUGAUGAUACUAAACUAACGGCUUUCGCCACUGUGGCUGUUAUCGUGGCACUUCACGCACUGCUGGCUGUCGGCUGUAAGCUCUACUUCUUCCACACGGCAGAGGACACCCGAUCUCCACACCCAGGACAGCAUAUUACUCCAGCCUCAAAUCACACAACAGCACUUAAAACUUAAUGACGAACCACAGGACAACAGAUGAGUCUUUACAUUCAAGGGACAUUAAAAAAAAGUGUUGUAGUUGAGCGAUGAAGGAGAUCUGAUCAGUGUGCUAAAGCUAGAAGCACACAUCCAUUCCCAGCAAACAGCUUGAAAAUGUUAACUAACCCAGCAGAAGAAAUAACCGCCCUUUAAUUUUGUGUUAUGGUCGUUUAUGUUCAUUACCUUUAAUUUAAUGGGCUAGUUUUGAGUUUGUCAUUCAAUAUUGAGUAAUUUAAGAGUGAUCAUGCUUUACUGUGAAUUGAUUUGAGGUUUGCCUUACAACCCUUGACUGCUUCCUUUUCUUUCAAGUCUGUUGUUUUCCUUCAUUGAUGUAAUUUAAGAGAGAAAACACCAGUGUGUGUGAAAUAUUUAAUUUUCCUUUCCUGAACAGUUUUUUUUUCUUUUUUUGGUUUAUGACACCAUUGAUUAAAAUCUGACUUGUCAGGGUAAAUCUUGUCAUUUUGAGCUUGUUCGGGUUGAAUGAGGACAUUUAAAUUACAAAUUACAUUACAUGAGAAAGUCUUUCAACCAUGUUCCUGGAGGUCCACCAACACUGCAUGUUUCGGAUGUCUCGUUUGUCUGUCACUCCCAUUACAGGUCUUUCAGUCUCUGUUAAUGAGCUAAUGAUCAGAAUCAGGCGUGUUUGGUUAAAGAGACAUGGAAUAUGUGCAGAGUUUGUGGUUCUCCAGGAACAUGGUUGAGAAACACUGACAUGGUAUUGAAGCAAAGAGGGAAAUUUCUGUCAUUUGCUCACCUUCUACUCAUUUAUGAAUUUCAUAGGAAAGAGAAGUAUUUUUCAUUUAAAGAAUUUUGGUGCAUACAGAUGUAUGGAAAACUUUUGAGACAUUUUACAAUUUCUUUUUUCAUUUUCACAAUAGAAACCUUGUUUUUUUUGUUUUUUUUUUAAGUAAUGAAAGUGAGUAAAUGACAGCAUUUUUUUGUGUUUGAAAGGAAUUUUACUUUUCAAAAGUAUUUGAAGGACAUCUUACCCAACAAUUCUAUAUUAUCGUUCUGAAAUCUUGACUUGUUUCUUCCACCAAUCUAGUUUUUUGUUUGUUGUAUCCAGUAAAAAGUGGACAGUGACUAAUGGUUGACAGGUAAAAAUGCCAAAAAGCACCUUAAAAGGAAUCCCUAUGACUGGAUCCAAUACAAUAAAAUGAUACAAUGGCUUUCUACAGAAA